AUGAAGGGAAAGAUGAACGGAGGAGGGUACGAGGUUUGCACGUCAGAUGGAGCCAUCGAUAGCCGUGGUAAUCCUGCGGUUCGAGAAAGAACUGGUACUUGGGUUACUGGAAUUUUGAUUUUAGUGAAUCAAGGGCUUGUGAAUCUGGCAUUCUUUGGAGUGGGAGUGAAUCUGGUGCUGUUUUUGACUCGAGUGAUGGGUCAAGAGAACGCUGAUGCAGCCAACAACGUGAGCAAGUGGACAGGGACAGUUUACUUAUUUUCUCUUCUUGGAGCCUUCCUCAGUGACUCUUACUGGGGAAGGUACAUCACCUCCUUGGGAAUCGGAGGAUAUCAGCCUAACAUAGCUACAUUUGGGGCUGAUCAAUUUGAUGAAGGUGAUCCUAAGGAACAGCUUUCAAAAGUAGCAUUUUUUAGCUACUUCUAUUUGGCUUUGAACCUUGGCUCCCUCUUCUCAAACACCGUAUUGGAUUAUUUUGAGGAUAAGGGACAAUGGACUUUGGGAUUCUCGGCAUCAGCUGCCUCUGCUGCUAUUGCAUUGAUUUUGUUCCUUUGUGGCACACGAAGGUAUAGAUACUUUAACCCUGUUGGAAACCCUCUACCCAGGGUUGGCCAAGUUUUUGUUGCUGCCGCAAAAAAAUGGAAGGUCAAGUUAUCAGCUGAAGAUAGACUUUAUGAGGUUGAAGAAUCCUCACCCAAUGGAAGGAGAAAAAUGCUCCACACAGAAGGAUUUAGAUUCUUAGAUAAAGCAGCGUUUAUCACAUCAAAAGAUUUGGAGCAGAUAGAAGAGAAUAAACUCAGUCCAUGGCGUCUAUCCCCUGUGACACAAGUAGAAGAACUGAAAUGCGUACUAAGGCUACUCCCGAUUUGGCUAUGCACCAUAAUGUACUCAGUUGCUUUUGCUCAAAUGGCAUCACUCUUUGUUGUGCAAGGAGAUGCUAUGGACACUACAAUAUCAAGUUUCAACAUUCCUCCAGCAAGCAUGUCCAGCUUCGACAUCUUAGGGGUGGCAUUUUUCAUCUUCAUAUAUAGGCACGUUCUUGACCCUUUUGUGGCCAAAACAAUGAAAACCAAACUCUCAGAGCUUCAAAGGAUGGGAAUUGGUCUAGUCCUUGCAAUCAUGGCCAUGGUUUCUGCAGGGUUGGUGGAGAAAUUCAGGUUGAGGUAUGCAAUAAAAGAUUGUGAUAAAUGUGAUGGGUCAAGUUCACUGUCCAUAUUUUGGCAAGUGCCACAAUAUGUACUCACAGGAGCAUCAGAGGUUUUCAUGUAUGUGCCUCAAUUGGAGUUCUUCAAUGGACAGGCACCUGAUGGAUUGAAAAGCUUUGGAAGUGCACUUUGCAUGACAUCAAUAUCACUUGGAAACUACGUUAGUAGUUUGCUUGUUGCAAUUGUGAUGAAAAUCUCUGCCAAACGUGACAUACCUGGAUGGAUACCAGGGAACCUAAACCUGGGACAUUUGGACAGGUUCUACUUCCUCUUAGCUGCACUAACAACAGCUGAUCUUGUAGUUUAUAUUGCAUUGGCUAAGUGGUAUAAAUAUAUCAAACUUGAAGGAAACGAGGAAUUAGAAGACAUCAAGAAGGAAAAUCGUGAGGUUAUAGUGUAG